GAGCCUGCCCACUGCUGCCCCCCAGGCCCAGCCCGCCCUCAGCAUGAAGCUGACGGUCAAGGAGAAGGUGAUCGUGGCCCUGCUGGGCGUGGCGGUAGCCCUAGGCCUCACGGCGCUGGUGCUCGCCCUGGCGCAGGUCGCCAGCAUCCUGCUGCCCGCGGACACCAAGUUUGGGAUCGUGUUUGAUGCGGGGUCCUCCCACACGUCCCUCUUCGUGUACCGGUGGCCGGCGGACAAGGAGAACGACACCGGUGUGGUCAGCCAAGCCCUGACCUGCCGGGUGAAAGGUCAGCGGUCGCCCUGUCAGCCCAGCCAGCCUUCGGGGCCUGGAGCCUGGUCCUGGGCUGCUGUUUCAGGGCCCGGCAUCUCCUCCUACGCCUCCGACCCCGCGCAGGCCGGCGAGAGCCUGCGGGGCUGCCUGCAGGAGGCGCUGGCCGCCGUCCCUGAGGCCCAGCAGCAGCAGACGCCCCUGUUCCUGGGCGCCACGGCCGGCAUGCGGCUGCUCAGCCAGAAGAACAGCUCCCAGGCCGGGCACAUCUUUGCAGCGGUCUCGGACGUCCUGGGCCUAGCUCCCGUGGCCUUCUGGGGCGCCGAGCUCCUGGCCGGGCAGGACGAGGGCGCCUUGGGCUGGAUCACCAUCAACUACGUGCUGGGCCUGCUGGUCAAGUACUCCUUCUCCGGAGAGUGGAUCCGGCCUCCCGAGGGGACGCUGGUGGGCGCCCUGGACAUGGGCGGGGCCUCCACCCAGAUCACCUUUGUGCCCGAAGGCCCCAUCCGGGACCAGAGCACCCAGGCCUCCUUCCGGCUCUACGGCUUCGAGCACCGCGUCUACACCCACAGCUACCUCUGCUACGGGCGCGACCAGGCGCUGACCAGGCUGCUGGCCAGGCUGGUGCAGAGCAGCACGGCUCCCCUUGUCCGGCACCCGUGCUACCACGGCGGCUACGUGGACACGCUGUCCCUGGCCCCCCUGUACGAGUCGCCGUGUGUCCAGGCCGCGCCCCGCCCGGACUUCCCCCCGAGCCUGCCGGUGGAGGGGACCGGGAACCCCGGGGCCUGCGUCUCCGCCAUCCGGGAGCUCUUCAACUUCUCCAGCUGCCGCGGCCGCCAGGACUGCGCCUUCAACGGGGUCUACCAGCCCCCGGUGCGGGGCCAGUUCUAUGCCUUCUCUAACUUCUACUACACCUUCCACUUCCUGAACCUCACGGCCGGGCAGCCGCUGGCCAAGGUCAACGCCACCGUCUGGGAGUUCUGCCAGAAGCCCUGGAAGCAGGUGGAGGCGUCCUGGCCCGGGCAGCAGCCGUGGCUGCGGGACUACUGUGCCUCCGGCCUCUACCUGCUCACGCUCCUGCUGGAGGGCUACGGCUUCAGCGAGGAGACCUGGCCCAGCAUCGCCUUCCGCAAGCAGGCCGGGGGCGCCGACAUCGGCUGGACGCUGGGCUACAUGCUGAACCUGACCAACAUGGUCCCGGCCGAGGCGCCCGCCCCGGGCCGCGCCCAGAGCCAGGCCGUCUGGGUGGCCGGCGUCGUCCUGGUGGCCCUGACCCUCGCGGCCGUGCUCGCCGUGGCCGUGGCCCAGCUCCUCUGGCGCCGGGACUGAGCACGGCCCUGGAGCCAGAGGCCCGGCCCCCACAGCCCCGGGCCCGGCCCGGGCCCCGCUCCUCCCCGCAGUGCCCCCCCGCCGACCCCC